AUACGAUCGGGAAGGGGUGUAUAGGCAAGGCACACCUGACUAGAGACUGACUAGAGCGAUACACUGUUGAACCGGACAAGAAGAUGGAUGGACAGCAGAUUCUACCGAUUAUGAGCGUAAUAUACUACUAUGCACUAACGAUCAAAUCAUUAGUUUCGACUGAAACAAUGAACAGAGUUGUGGACAAGAUUCGACAGUGUGGUAUGGUAUCAAUCGAACGUCCACUGAAAAGCACCAGCAACAAGACCACAUUUCAUAUCAGUGUUCCUGCAAAGCAACCCGAUUUUGAGAGCGCUUUCAACUGCUUUAAAGCAACACUUUACAAGCUACUGGUUGCGCCUAACAAUGGUUAUCAAAUACCUGGCACCGACAUUCCGCUCAAUCGUGAUCAAUUUGUUUUGUACAUGCAGCCCGCUUCAUCAUAUCGUCUAGAAUACUGGCAAAAGACUAUGUCUCUGGCACGAUUAGGCGGCUGGCGACAGCAAAUAAGAUUCGUUGCCAAUAUCGUGUGCCACGUGCUGGGCGGCGUACUGAUCGCGUUGACAGCAGUCUACUUCAACAUGCAUCAGCAACCGUGUGCUUUGCCUCGCAGGAUGAUGAUCUACGGCACGGGUUUCGGGCUUUUAGUCAAUCGCGUUAACAUUUUUUUUAUCUACGGCUACAAACGGUGGCAUACGGACAUGAUGCUGAUGGCAGUAAUUGCCACAGGUAUUGUCGCACUGCAAUGGUCGAUGGAGCAGUGGAUGGGAGAAUUUCCAUACUCCAGCUAUGUUUCCACGAUUGUUUAUGAACUGUGCCGGUUGGCGUUAAUGUUGUUUGGAAACCACAAAACCAAACAAAUCACGACCAGGAUCAACGCGAUAAAGAAACAUCUACGUUUGCCUUUCAUUCGAUUCGUGCUGUUCGACGACGCAGCGUUCCAACGAGAAGCAAUCAAACAAAUGCUCUUUCCACUUUUGGGAACUUUGUUCGACACUUUCGUCCUGUUCCUAAAAACCUACGGAAAGGAAUGGUAUUGUACUACGAUGAACGGCUCUAGCAAACAUCCCAAACACCAGAACAGCAAUGAGUGCGAGUAUAUGGACGAAAACGACCCACACGCCAGGUGGAAUCGCCGUACGGUAGUUAUGCCCGACUAUAGUCUAGAAGGGUUCUACAUCGAUAUGUUCUGUCUUUUCGUUUACGAGCCACUAGCGAUCUUCGAUUAUCCUGUGCUGUGGGGUUGGCCCAUUUUGCGCUUGCUAAUCGAGGUGGGAUUGAGCUACAUAAAAGCAAUCUUUCUACACAAACUAUCCGUUGAGCUCGAUGAAUCGGUCGGAAUCGAUCCCUCCAGCACCGGUGCCAAUCAAUAGUUUUGCGUGUGCGACCUUUCCUAAACCUAAGACAUGCAUCCUAGAUGCAGCAACUUAUGCAUAUACUACCAACACCAGAUGCUCAAGACGGUUUUAUACCAUUAUAAAAGGGAAAGAUACUAAAGCCAAACAUCAUGCGGUACAAAACCGCAGACUCUCUAAGGAAGCUUCUCAAAACACAUGAAGAACAAAUCGGUAUUAGCGGACCUCGAGUUCGGCAAGCCCAAAUGAUAACCAACAAUUGUGAUUCGUCGCGACGGACGAAGCUGGGACUGUAGCCUUUCACCAUCGUGCAGUGAAUUAGACUCGCCAUGGUUCGGUGUGCUGGCCAUGUCAUGAGAAUGACACCGGACGACCCAGCCCAUAAAGUGAAGCCCGUGGAAGUGGAUUUUCAGUUUUUAUUCAGUAUUGUUUCCUAAAAACUUUCAAUAUUUAGUUUUAUUAUUGUCGCAUUUGAUAUUUCCUUCACAUAUUACCCUCGUGGGCUAGUAUUGUUUUGUUUCGCGCAUUUGCAGACAAAAAACAGAUCCCAGUAAAUUUUAUACGUUCAAACAUACAGAGGAAACACGUUGUAACGCACAAGCUAAAGCGAUGAGCCGGCUUCAGACAAAACGAAUGGUGCCUAAUACCGAUUUGUUCACAAUUCCAACCGAGCGCCUUUCUCUUACAUUCGGGUUUUAUAUUUUUAGAUUUAUAUAAGGAAGUUGAAUUAGUUUCCCCGUUGUGUUGAUUAUCAUUCACCUCUCUGUGCCAAUUAUUAAAAGAUAGUUAAGAAAAGACAUUACCGUAGUGCGGUGGUGUAGCUGGCGCCAGUUACUCACACGAAUCGAUCCAAGUCCCGUAAAUUUGAUAAUCGUUUGAUUUCUCCUCUGUUUCCCUUUCGUAAGGGUUUGCUACUCAAUGAUAGGGGAAUGGGGGAGAGUGAUGGUAUAGUUUUGUACAACUUAACUAAUCAAUCAAUAUGCAUUUUGGAUUUGGAUCUGCUUGGCAGUUUGAGCAGGGCCAGAAAGAAGGCAAGAAAGGAAGGGCAUAGAGUAAGAGCGCAAGAGAGAGGUAGAGAACAAGCAGGCUGUUCAACAACGGGUAAAAUCAACUUAAAGACCUCUCGAGACUGUAGUGCCAAAGAAGACGAACUAGACAAGUGUUCCUUGGUCCGAUCGGAUACUUAAAGCUACGAGCUGUGAAAAGAAACGUAAACAAAAUGGCAAUCGUUACAUUGAUCAUAGAAUAAAUAUUACAUCCCACGGAUUUACUCUCUUUAUGUAUAACAAAAAAUAAAGAUUAAAAAGCUAAUACACAAACAAAAACUUUCGGUAAUGAAGGAGUGAUUGAUGCACCGGUCUUCACAGACCGCCUUCAUAAGGACACAGGAAGUCAGAGGUGGGAGGCAAAGACCUUUCGAGGUUAGAAUCACGUUUCAAUACAAACAACACAAACGGAAACUUAGUGACUUAGUAGUGAAAGCGACAUUGAGUGCAGCAAACAAAAAUAUAAACAAUCAGUUACUUUACAGAACAUGUAGGAUAUGAACUACGGCGAUGACAGCCCACAGAGAGAACAGUGAGUAAGUUAUGAGUGACAUCGCCGUGAGAAAGAGCAGAUAAACUGGAGACACUCAUGAGCGACGAACAUCAGCCAACGGGAGAACGAUCCGUAUUGAUGAGCGGGAUUACAGGUUGAGCGAUCGAACUGAGUGGAUGUGCGAAUUAGUCAGGCAAUAAAAUACACAUAGAUAUUAUCUAAAAACUGAGGUUUCUACAGAACAUUUUUGUCAAAACAUUAAUGUGUGAAAGUUUACAAAACAAAUAAAUAAAUCGGUUAAGAAAGGGAGUAUAAUUAAAGCUUAUUUAACCUGGACGAAGCAGAAGCAAUUGGACCUUCAGGCUAGAGAGAGACCCCCUCCACUCACUGGCACUCACUUUUCGCUACUGAGGUACCCAAAGUGAGAAUCUUUUUCAGACUGCUUACUAUUAUUAUUUAUUAUUACUACAAUUUUCCAUUUUUUUUGUUCUCCAUUACCCGAAAACAAUUAAUAUCUACGAUAGAUACGACCAAAACUUGAUGGCUUGCAGUUGUAGCACAAAAAAAACACACACACACACAAUAAUUUGCGCAACAUUUGGUAAUCUUUCUUCACACAAU